GGGGCGGCACUGAGGGCGAGGCGGGCGAUUGUGUCGAGUGAGCGCGCGCGCGGCGAGAAAGGCCAGCGAGGGCGUUGGGGUCCAGCGAAGGGCCAGCGGUGUCGCCCGCUCCGUCAGAGUCCCUUCCCGCCGUCCUCGGAAGCAGCCCAGCGGCAGACGGUAACCAUGAGUGACCGCAAGGCCGUGAUCAAGAAUGCGGAUAUGUCUGAGGAGAUGCAGCAGGACUCGGUGGAGUGUGCCACCCAGGCCUUGGAGAAGUACAACAUCGAGAAGGAUAUCGCUGCCCACAUCAAGAAGGAGUUUGACAAGAAGUACAACCCAACUUGGCACUGCAUUGUGGGGAGAAACUUUGGCAGCUAUGUGACUCACGAGACCAAACACUUCAUCUACUUCUACCUGGGUCAAGUUGCCAUCCUCCUGUUCAAGUCCGGUUAGAUAAUGGGACUGUUCCACCCGAAGAUGCGUUUGGUGACGGGACGAACACGCUAAUUCCAAAUAGACUGACGUCUUCAGCCUUCCCCAGGGAACACACUUUGGUUCUUUAAGCCUUUUGUUUAAUGGACAGGUACUCCUCUGUACCAAUUUGUGGUUUUGUUGUGGCCAUAAAAAAAUAGCAAAAAAAAAAAAAAGACUGAAUGUAUUUUCUUUCAAAAAAGAAGUGUUGGUUCCGUUUCCUAAUAAAAUGGUUGGGAAUACUCAA